AGUGCUACACACGUGUCACCCUCCCAGUGCCCUGCCACCCAAUCCUAGUGUAGGGGUGGGAUGAGGUGACCGCUCCAGCCUCGGUAUUAUUAUUACUAUUUCCUCCGCUAUCCUGUACCUGCAGCAGCAUCUCGCUAUAAUAACUGUGCACAGGGUGCUGCUGCCGCUCAGCCAGCGAGGGGAGGAGAAGGCACACAGCUGCUCCCCGCCCCCCGCUCUGGCCAGCUGCUGAGUGAGCGGGCUCCUCAGGUUCAGCAGUUGGACAGCUCCUGAGCUCCCAGCGGCACCGAGCAGCGCGGGCUGUGCCCCGUACCAGGACUAUGGCCGGCGUGCAGCAGGGGGAGAAGCAGCUCUUCGAGAAGUUCUGGAUGGGGACUUUUAAAGCCGUGGCCACCCCACGCAGGGAGAGCACCAUCGUGGCCAGCAUCACCUCUCGGAAGCCGCUGCCCAGUGACAGUGUCAAGUGCUCACCACUUCCAGACAAAGACACGAAGCACGAGAAGCAGAAUGCAGAUUCAGAAAACGGGCGUGCAGCAGAAAGGCUCGGGAAAGAUCUCAGCCCGCGCCACAAAAACAAUGAUAGCUUCUCAGAAGCAGGGCAGCUCAGCCCUUCACCACCCACCAAAGGAAAGAAGAAGAAGAAAAAAUCAUUGCACAAAAAAAGAAAAAGGUCACGGUCUUACAGUCCUUCCCCAGUAAAAAAGAAAAAAAAGAAGAGUUCCAAGAAGCGGAAGAGAAACAGGUCUGCUUCCAAGAAAAGAAGACAUAAUUCCUCCACUCCAAAAAGUAAAAGGAAGCAAGACAGGAAGCACAGGAAGCACUCACGCAGCAGACAACGGAAAUCCCAUCAUCAUCAUUCCCGACAUUCUCGCUCAGAAAGCUCCAAGUCUAGAUCCUCAAGCUGUGAAAACAGACCAAGGAAGCAGCCUAAAGAAGAGAGACACCGAUCAAGGAGAAAGAAACACAAAUAUCACAAUUCUAGGUCUGUAAAUAAGAAGCAGAGAGACGCCCCAAAAAUUAGCAUCUGCUCCACCAAGAAGACAAUUUCCCAAUCAAUCCCCGGCCUUUUGGUCACUGCAGAGAGUCAUGGAGGUUGUCAGAAGGAAGUUACACAUGAGUAUGACUCUGGAAAUGAUUUGUGUUCCCCUCCCCCGAUGCAGACGGGUACUUCUGUGUUGAAGAUCAGUCAGGAAAAGGACAGCCCUACUCACCAGGGUUUUGGACAUGUACCCUCUUCUGCAAAGACCCCAAAUGGCCAGAGUGACAACAUCUCGGAUUCAGGGAAUUCUUCAGCCAGCUGCUUCUCUUUUACGAAGGAUUCAGCGCUUGUUUUGGGAGAGUCCCGGACGCAGGCUAAGAGAGAUCUGUCUUCAUGCCUGGGCUGUCUGGAGGAACACAAGAGUGUCUCAGACUUAUCACCUGACAGAAACUCUUUACACAGUCGUCGAUCACAGAGCUCAUCAUACAGCAGCACCAGGUCUUACUCCCACAGCUCAAGCCAUUCCAUCAGCUCUUAUUCAUCGUACUGUAGGUCAUCCUUUGGCAGAAAGUCACGAAGCAGGUCUAGCUCUUCAGGUGCAAGAUCAUACUCGAGAUCUCCUAGCUAUUCUUCAAAAUCGGGUAGGAAGAGCACUGGAAGCAGAAGUUCCCGAGCCCGACGGAGUCCCAGUUACUCUCGUUACAGUCCCAGCAGAGAUAGAGAGCGCAGCAGUAAGUAUGAUUCUGCAGAAAAGGAGACACACAAAGGAGCUCACAGGAAGAGACGCAGCUCCUAUUCUCCAAUGAGAAAGCGCAGGAGAGAUUCCCCAAGUCACCUGGAAGCAAGGAGGAUCACAAGUGCUCGCAAGCGUCCCAUCCCAUACUACCGGCCUAGUCCAUCUUCCUCCAGCAGUGCCAGCAGCACCCCUCCUUGGUACAGCCCCAGAAGCAGGUCCAGGAGUCGCAGUUACUUUAGUCACAGAAGCAGUCGCAGCCAGAGUACAAGCAGCAAAAGAAGCAGCAGCAGUAGGGACUGGAACCGAAGCUCCAGAGAAAACAGCAGGAGCCGCAGUCAAAGCUGGAGCCGAAGCUCUGACUCCUGUGACAGCACCAGGCGUUAAGACUGUCGUAAAACUUCCGGGGCCUCCAUGUUAUCCAUACAGUGCUCUGCAGCAGGGCUACUCAACUAUGUAUCAUGAACAUCAUGUCCACUCGUGUUUAAAAGCUUCUGAUAAUCAGAUACAUUCCAAUUUCCACUUACUGCUUUGUACUGGACUGUCACUGAGUUAUAUAUCAAAAAACAAGAGGAGGCACCCAGAAUCUUCCUUUCUUACAGGCUGACUGCGAGAUUAUUGACCAGACACACCUAUCUGUCAGUCAUUUGGGGUCCCCAUAUCUCUUCAACCCCACGUGGAAUGCCAAGCAUGUGACUUUGUCACCGCACAGAUUCUAGAUGUCAAAUUAACUCUCAGCUGUCAGUAACCAUCAACGCCCCUGAAUACUGUUUCUCGUCCAAUAAGUCAUCCCUCGCAGGGUUAACUGGGCUAAUAGCAAUUACUUGUUCUAGUUUCAUAAUGACAGGGUUAAACUCUUUCUCCCAAAUGAGAUGGCAGCUGUUAAACAUGCAGGAUUGCAGCUAGACAGCUAUCUUCCCAUACAUACCAUUUCUCCUGACCUUUCUAAGAAAUGGUUUGUUUUCAUAUCUGAAAGGCAGGCAAGUAAAUGUCUGAAGUGAGACGUGUUUUUCACACCUAUGAAUAUAUUGCGAUUAGUCAUCUGGGCUGCACUAAUCUGGUAACUGUGUCCCCACAUUCCUACGUUAUGGCAUCUACAUUAUUUAUGUAAGGUAUAAAGAAAACUAAUAAUGAUGCAAAGAUAGUCCUGCACCUCAUACGCAAUUUGAUAUUGCUGUUUAUUUACGAUUACUGUUAAUUUAUAUAAUGAUAGCCAUACGACAUCAUUCUAGUCUAUAAACCGUGGGUGUCUACGGGGGCACCAAGAGUGAGUGUGGGGGAUGGGUACAAAGAACCCAGGCCUCCAUCAGGCAACUAGUGAUGAAUUAUGAUGGGGUGGAGGUAGACACUAGGGGGUUUGUUUACGAAGCAUUUGUGAUCGUGUUUAUGGCCGAAAUUUAAAAGGGAAAUGAUUUUACUAGCAAAACAGAGCUAGUAAAAUCCUUUCCCUUUUACAUUUUUUUAAAACCAGAUGCUUUGUAAAUAAACUCCUACGGUCAGGCCGCAUACUUCCACGUCCAUGGGCCUUACUGAUACAUUUGCUAUGGGGCCUGGAUACUAUCCAAUACAUUCUUGUGUAAUGCACAUAAUAUACUGACAGCAUUGCAAUAUACAGUAGAUAUAAACCGGUACUUAUUUAGUGAUUGUGGACAGUCAGGUUUGUUAACACUUCUAGGUGAGGCUGAGAAAUAGUCAAUAGCUAGAAGCCACUAUGGCCAGACUAUGCUAGUAUAGAAAGUCAUUGCUGUGAGAUGGAACAGAAUAUAGUACCAUCUGCAGGGAGAAGGUGCAGUACUUUGCUGUUUUAAGAUUUAUAUAGUUGUCUAUGUAUUUAUUUCAUAUUUAUUAUUAUGAUUAUUAUUAUUAUUCUAAUUUAUAUAUAAAUUCAGGGAAAUUUUAAAUUACAGUAUUAGCAAUUUCACAGUUCCAAUACUAAUAUUAUAAAUGGGAAGCAUAUGUAGAUUUUGUAUCCAAAAUAUAGUAUAAAUCAGUAAGAUCUAUAAAAAUAAUCUGUGAAGAAUAAAGAUAGCAUUAUUCAUUAGCACAGAAACGUAUGUGUGUAUGUAUGUAUAAAUAUACACAGCAUCUGUACUGAGACAUGAUUAUUGUAUUAUCUUUAUUCUUGAAAGCCCCUUGACUUUGGAUACAAAAUCUUUCAGGGAAAAUGAAUGUCUGUUCUAAUGAGUUCUAGUGUAAUUUAUUUAUUGUGUGUGAAGCUCUAAUGGAGAACGUGACAGACCUGAACACUUCACUUGAAUUAGGCCAUACUGCUUCAGGCCUAGCUAAAUGUACUAAGGAACACUGUACAUUGGCCCUCAUUCCGAGUUGUUCGCUCGCAAGCUGCUUUUAGCAGCAUUGCACACACUAAGCCGCCGCCUACUGGGAGUGAAUCUUAGUUUAGCAAAAUUGCGAACGAAAGAUUCUCUAAAUUGCGAAUAGAAAUUUCUUUGCAGUUUCUGAGUAGCUCGACACUUACUCUGCAUCUGCGAUCAGUUCAGUCAGUUUCGUUCCUGGUUUGACGUCACAAACACACCCAGCGUUCGCCCAGACACUCCCCCGUUUCUCCAGCCACUCCCACGUUUUUCCCAGAAACGGCAGCGUUUUUUCACACACACCCAUAAAACGUCCAGAUUCCGCCCAGAAACACCCACUUCCUGUCAAUCACACUCCGAUCACCAGAACGAAGAAAAAACCUCGUAAUGCCGUGAGUAAAAUACCAAACUUCUUAGCAAAUUUACUUGGCGCAGUCGCAGUGCGAACUUUGCGCAUGCGCAAUUAGCGGAAAAUUGCUGCGAUGCGAAGAAAAUUACAGAGCGAACAACUCGGAAUGAGGGCCAUAGAGCAGCAACGUGCUGUUGAAGUUAUCUGCGUACUGUAUGUGAGUGCAUUUCUGUGCAUACAUUUCUGAGAUCAUAAUGCUUUAUGGUGUGGAGGUUGUCUCAGUGUUUGCACUUACCCACCUGGCAUUUACCUCCUUGUUAAAGAACUAGAACCUUACUAUGAAAUGUAACACUGCUUUUUUACCCUGAUCCUUUUAAGGGGGGAAUCCAAUUACUAAUUGCCAUGCAGCCGCUGAUUCAAUUAGCAGGGGGUUACGCCAUACAUUAAGUUACUUCUUACAGCUUCAGGAGCAGCUAGGAAAGGGCUGCGAUAAAAAGGCACCCUCUGGGGUUUACCAUGUAGGGGAAACACAGAUUGCUUUAUGGAAUAGCUUCAGACGUGAAACUCUAAGCUAUUCCCCGCACGGCGAACGCUGAUUGGAUUCCCGCCAAGUCUAUUUUUGCACUUAACAGCAUAUUAAACAUAGGGCCUAAUUCAGAGAUGUACGCAAACCCAAUGGUUUAUGCACAUCUCCUAUGUUUAUCAAUCUGCGCAUGAGCAGGAUCUGCACUGCGCAUCUUCAGAUCUGUGUCUUCAUCAACGAUCGCAAUGCCCCCUAAGCUGCAACAUGAUUGACAUGCUGUAGCCGUCUGGUGUGCGGGGAAGGCGCGGUAACAGGCAGCAUUACAGAAAACGAGGACUUGUCAGCCAAUAGUGGUGCCAAAGUCAGUGACUGCAUCCUUGAACACAGCUUCACUAGCCCCGGAAGCGUGAAAAUACCAGCCAUCCUGAGAAACCUGAGUGUUAGAUGGCUGAUGCUCACACAGGUGUUCCAGUGCUUUGUCUUCAUUAAUGCUUCCUUUCCAGUUUAGUAGCUAUGAUUUUUUUCUUGAUUGCUACUAUUGUAAAAAUUGCAAAUUGAACUCUAUGCAUACUUACUAACAUUCCAAUUGUUUUUACCUGGGACACUGCUGCAUAGGCAGCGCAGUCACAUACAUUAGAUGCUUCACUGGCUCCUGAGCAGUCCCUGGCGUACUACAGUACCCAUAAUGCCCUUAUCCUGUAUUAUUUACUGAAUUGGAUACUUUUUGUAAUACUAUUUUUCAAACCGAAUUUACACCUAAGAAUAAUAGAUGAUGACUUGCAUCCAGCAUGCAGAAACAUUGGAAUUGUGUCAGUGCUGAGAAAUACUGUAAGGACAAUUCCAUUUUUAAAACCUGGGAAAGUAUUUGGCAAAUAGGAAAAGUUGGCAACUAUGUUUAUAUGUUGAAAGCCAUUUAAAUGACCAAAACAAUAGUUGUUGGAAAACACCCAGGGGUUUACAUAAUUAUUUUUUAUGAACAAGUUCUUUUAAUGAACAUACGGUUUCCAAAGCCACUGAAACAAACUGGUAGACGUGAAUUUGUAAAAGACUAAUAACUGCAUCUUCACCAGAUUAGUACAGUCUGCACAUGCUAAUAUUAGUGUUGGGCAUCACACUACAGUAUGCUUCCAUGUAUUACAUAGCGCUCUUCUACUAUUCGUACUACAGUAGUAAAUUCCAAAGAGCUUUGGCACUAAGUAUAUCUGUCUUUUGUAUUUUUAUUUCUGUACUUCUUGUUCUGAGAAAAUAACUGGCAUCAUUAGAUGUGUUGCUCCAUCACUAUAGGCAGGAGCCACUAACAAGAAUAAAAGGUUCUCUAGUCUAGUAUGCAGUCAAUUUGGCGGUCAGGAUACCGACGCCGGAAUCCCGACACCCGGUGAAAUCCCGACCGCCGACCGCAAUCCCCACUUGGGUGGUGGUCCACACCGCAACCCGAGAGGGAAUAGAUGUUGGCACCGGGCCUGAUGCGUGGCGAGCGCAGUGAGCCCACGAGGGGACACGCUGUGCUCGCCACCAGUAUUCCAGCUGUCGGGAUUCCGGCGUCGAUCUGGUGAUCACCGGGAUCCCGACAGCCGGGAUAUCAUACUGAUCCCCUCUAGAGUGAUGGAACCAAUAGGUCUGUAAUGUAAAGUGAAAUCUUUUUUUAUUCAGUAACUGAAAAAAAGAAGAUGAUGGAAGCAUAAGGGGCCUGAGUCUGAGUCAGGUGUAACAUUUAUGUAGCACGUGCUGGAACAAUUUGUUUCCACUACGCUUGCGCAUGUGUCCAGAGUCUGUGCGCACCAGGGACGUGUGGUGAGGUAAAUGGCUCAGGAGGCACUGGCUAGCACCAGGGCCAAAUAUAGGAAGGUGAGGCCCUGCUCAUCUGUCAUAUACUUACUCUAGAGUUUUGGCUAUAAAAUGAUUAGAAUAAUGCAAAGAAAAUAUUUCUAACAUAUUCUUUGUAUUUUUCAUAUACUUUACACAGUCAAAACUUAGACUCAAACGUUAGUAUGACAGGAAAGGCUCUGCCUCACCCCACCGCACAUCACUGGUGCGCACAGAGUCAGAGUUGCAAAUAAGACAUGCAGUCUCAGUGUCUUGAAAAUGUAUUGCGCAUUCCUAGGCGUAAACUGGGAGGUGGGAUAGCAGACACACAGAGACAGGCCAUCGUAUGGACAUGUCACAUGAGUAUUGCAUGCGUAAGUGGUUGUAAACUCAGAUCCCUAAUCACUCACAUUUUAGGCCAUACUCUUAUGGAUAAUAUUCACCUAGCAUGGAACUGAUACAAGUUACGAUAAUGCUGUGUUUUAAAGACACACUAAGUCACAUUUAAGUGGGCAACUCAGUCCUUGCACAUUCAGGUGCCCGCUUUUACACCGGGAAGAGUUUGUAACAGUAUUUGCAUAGAGUGGCAGAAGCAGUACCGGCAAGAGACGCAUAAAUGAACGAUACAGUGUCUGACCCAUACUCAGACCCAAAGUGUGCAAUACUAUAUUCAGAACUAUUCUAGUCGCCUGAUAUCAGUCACAAAAAUGCAAUACAAACUGUGCUAUUUGGUUUGACUUGUAAUCUACUAUUCAACUAAUUUCUUCAUCUGUUUUUCAAUAAGAAAACUAUAGUGCCGCUUGUUCUUUUACCCUGCCAUUUACCACCCUUAUACACAAGUCACUUAUCUUUCAUUUAGGAUUGGCUUACAUUCGCUCAGAGUCACUGCAUCGGGGAAGUGAAAAUUAAUUGGAGAUCAAGAUGAGGUAGUUUGGUGGAUCCUGUAUCAGGGAUGGGCCAAAUAGUUGGAGAUUCAGAUCCAGAAGUACUGUGACUGCCCAUUCCUUUCCUGCAUUGUAAUACAAGGAGAACCAUUCAGCAUAGUUGUCAGUAGAGUAAAACAGAAAACCAACACUCUGUUAUUAGACAGUGUGAUAAGAUCUCGUGUUCUCUAGUAAAGUGGUGGUCUUCUAUCAGUACUGCUCUACUUUUAUUUAUUGAAGUGGGCUCAUUAUUUCUAUUUAUUUAUUUAUGUUUACAUUUAUUUUUAUAAUGAAUAUUAAGAUAUGUAUUUAAACAAAUACGUUUACGAGCAGAGUUGUCAUGAGAUAUUGUAAACAGUAUACAGAAUAAUCAGGUCUAAUCUGAAAGAUUUGUAUGCUGUUGUACCUUCUGUUUUCUUCAGGCUUAAUAAUUAUUGCUAAUUUACAUCACAUCUUACUGUGUUUAGACCUUUGCAUAUUCUUUUUCUUAUACAAUUACACAGAGCUGGAUUGCCCACACAUGGGAGGCCCCAACACACAGUCCCCACAUUUACACAUGGAAUCCGGUGGCCUCUGGUCCUCUGCAGUGGCUCAGCUGUUGUGUGAUUAUAGCCGCCACCGCGGAGCUAUGGUUACCGCCUUGCAAGAUGCCACAUCAUCAUCAUGUGACACUUCCUACAGGCUAGGUGUGGGACUAUGGACUCAUUACGUCACGCUUAUCAGACACAGGAGGGUGGUGGUACUGUGGCAGCCUCAGGCACUAUUAAUCAGUGGCUCUGCAGCUUGCUAAUUAAUUCACAAGAAGAACUUCAGGCUCCCUAGCACUGAACUUGAACUCCAAUUAAUAGACUAGUAAUAUUGUGGUGUGCCUAAGGUAAAUCCAAGUUUUGCUUUUAUUUAUUAAAAUAAAUGUGAAUAUGCACAUUAAUUUAUAUAUAGUAUACAUGUAUAUAUAAAUUAGUGCUGAUGUACAUGGAAUGACUUGGAUUGAAGUGUAAACCUAAGAUUGGAAAUAAUUUUAUAUGUGUUGAUGACAACCAAUUUCAACCAAGAGUUUGGUUAUAUCCUCCUAUAUGGGAGCAAAAUGUGUCUUCCAUGCGACAGCUGAAGCCACUGACACAUGAUAAAGUAUACAUGAAGGCUGACACAAUCAACCAUUUAUAAGCUUUCAUUUCACAUAUAAAGUUCACUAUUAAUACUGCCCACUCCACUAUAUUUAAGCAAAGUAAUGUUCCACUGGAGUAAGGUGUAAAGGGCCCUACACAGUACACACUGGUAGAUAUUUAAGAACGAUAUGGACGAUAUCGGUCAAAAAUGAACAAUAUAUUGUUCAGUGUGGAGGCAGCGUCAUACAACGAUGUGUGUCCCCGCAGUCGUUCAUCGUUGGUCUAUCAUCGUUUAUCAUUGCAAGCUAUUUUGGACGAUAUCAUUGUAUGCAAUGUGCAAAACGCUCAAAUCUUUCAGGACCCUUAACACAUAAAUGGAUUGAUUAGUUACUCUCAUGCCAAAGUACCUUCAGCAUGUCAGCAACGCAAACUAAUAUUAUUUUACAUUUUGAAGGUAGCGCUCGUUUUCCCAGCUUGUUGUCUUAUUUGUGUAUUAAGCCUUCCAGAACCAUAUGUACAAGAGAAAUAGUAUUUAUGUAUUUAUUUUUCUUAUGUCUCAGUUCUGCUAUGUAUGUAAAGUAUCAUUCAUUCCUGCAAUUUCACCAUUUGUCGCACAUGCACCACUAAACUGUCUGCACAUGUGCCAGACAUGAUUAGAUACAUCACUAGAUUUCAUGGUCACUUAGUUCUGCAGGAUAACCACAGUGUGAGUGUUGCAAUUACUUUUAAUGAUGCAAAGCGUCGAUACAAAAGGAGCAAUAUUGCACUGAAUAAAAAAGGCAAUUACAAACAUUAUGAGUAUGCACACCUGUCAGUGUAGAUGAACAGACCAUUGUACAUCCUGCCCUUCUUGCAUCCACGAGUCAAGGCUGAUAGAGAACAAAUCUCUCAUCAAGAACUUCACAAAGCGCUUCAUGACUUCUAUACACAUUUAAUCUGCUCAGAGGCAAUGCACAUUGUAAACAUGUCAUGUUGAUUUUCCUCUGGUGGUGAAUGUUUUAUUUAAAACGUUGAUGUCUGUGUGUGUUGAAUUUCUGGACCAAUAUAAUUUUGCUAUGCAUUGUAUAUAAGGAGAUGAGAUAAAAGGAGUGUGUGUAAUAUUUAUUUCAUGUAUUUAUUGUAUAGUGUUUAAAUUAUUGUGUGCUACAUUAGACUACAUCAUAUUAGGCACACCGGGAAUAAAAAUAAAAGGGUCAAAUUUACUUUUCUGGCAUCUUUAGUGCAGCUAAUUGAAACUAUGAUAUUGGAGCCUUUUUAUCAAGCCAAAAUCAUGCAAAGACGGCUGUUUCCGCAUGAGUUAAACUUUUUAUUCGUAUAGGGGCAGCUGAAUGAGGGAGAUACGGAGCCAAAUUAUUGCCAAUAAGGACUGUGGUCUGGGUCAGUGUAUUAAAUUCAGAAAAGCUUAGCUGGGCCCCAAGAGCUAAAUCCAGAUGGUAUUUAGCAUUAUAGUCUAUGGGGAGAGCAUCACUGUAGAGGCAUCUUCUGUUCCCUCCAGAAUAGGCUUCCGAAUCCUCCUCUCCAUUGUAUCACAGGGCUUUAUUAUAUAGAUCCUUAUGAGAAAGCCGGGCCAGAAGUAACGUGAUAUAGAACGUUAUCGCAUUAUUAAAGACUGUUCAACGGGACAGGCUCUUAUCAGACACGCUGUGCCGGGUUACGUUUUUUGUUAAAGUUCCAAUCCCCCCCCCCCAGGAAAAAAAAGUCUAUUCUCACCGAAAAUAGCAGCGAUAACAGAUUAUAGUUAUCAGACGCCUUUUACGAAAAUAAGUAAAUAGGCCCAGUAAAAUGGGUUAAUUGGACAUAUUAGGGAGAAGACAUGUCUGGUACCAAAAACGUUAUUGAUUGAUUUGCCCAGACCACUAUAUUUGCAAAGCAAAUAUGAAUCAAAGACACUGUGUUUUUGUAAAAAAAAAACUAGUAAAAGAGAACAAAACCAAUCACCUCUUUGCUGCUCCAUGAGCAAAGAUAUCUAGGAAAUGUGCAUGUGCUCUACUGUAGGUCCUUGGUCACUGAAAAAAAAAAAAACAUUGUAUUUAGUGGAUUUGGGGAUUUUAUUGUAUUCUCUUUAGAACAUACAAUGACAGCACUAGGCAACCAAGGAACAUUCCCUUAAUUGCUGUCAUCAAUUAAUAAGAACAGGUAGAAAGGUGGCUCUUUAUUCAGUAUAUUAUAAUCUGGAUUUAACACUCCUGCUAAAGUAGCCAUUGUACUGCUCAAGUGGUUUGCUAUUCAUUCACAACCUAUUGGGUUAAAAGAACUGGAAGUACAGUAGAUGCUACAGUUUCUUCUUCCUAGGCAGAUGUGCUUGGAGGUUACAGAGGUUCUGUCUGUAAGCUCUGAAAAUAACACAUUUUUCCACUGCGAUUAUAUUUGGUAGCAGGGGGGUAUUUAUUAUUCAUUUUCUAUCAUUGUACAGUGCUAUAAGACGUGUUUUAAACCUCUAGUAUUUCAUUUGUUAAUAUGACCACACACAUUGAAAAUAAAGCAUUCGUAUGAUAUGAAA